CGAAUCUUCCAAGUAAUAAAUUAAUCAGAAAAUAGAACAAACAAUUUCCUCGUACGAUUUUCCUUUAUUAAAAUCUGACUUUUAAAACAAAAUUUUGAAAGUAAAUUAAAUAAACUAAACUACUGCACUCUGCAAAGAAUCUCUCCAUUUCAGCUUUUGGACUUUUGCUUGCUGACAUUUCUUUCCUUAUUAAUUUUUUUGCCCCAUUUCCUGGAUUUUAGCUAUAUAAUUUAAUUUAUUUGUUUUUAUUAUACUUUUUUUUUCUCAAGAGGAAAAGAAAGGGCCACAUGGCUUUGAAAUCUUCAAACUUGCUCCGGAGUCAUCUUUUUUAUGGGUUUUUGUUGAAGUGGAGAAGAGAAAAAAGCAGAGUAAUGGCUAAGCCCCUUAAGUUUAAAGGGGUGGAUGAAGAGUUGCAGAAGAUUUUGGAUGCUAAUAUGGAUGAAGCACCUGCUAGAAGGAGAGCCAGGGAAGCCUUUAAGCAUAUUCAACUUGGACUUGAUCAUAUUUUGUUCAAGACACCUCUUGAUGGGCUGAAGAUGAAGGAGUCAUAUGAGGUGAAUUCUAGGGGACUGGAAAUUUUCUCAAAAAGUUGGCUUCCACAGACCUCUUACCCCAAGGCAAUGGUGUUCUUUUGUCAUGGUUAUGGAGACACUUGCACAUUUUUUGCUGAAGGGAUUGCCAGGAAAUUGGCAUCAUGUGGAUAUGGAGUUUUUGCAAUGGAUUACCCUGGAUUUGGCCUGUCUGAAGGUCUUCAUGGCUAUAUUCACAGAUUUGACUGGCUUGUGGAUGAUGUGAUUGAGCAAUACACCAAAAUUAAAGAGAAUCCUGAGUUUCGGACUCUUCCAUGCUACCUCUUUGGCGAGUCAUUGGGUGGAGCUGUAGCUCUAAAGAUGCACUUAAAACAACCUAAUGCCUGGAGUGGUGCCUGUCUUGUUGCUCCUAUGUGCAAAAUCGCAGAUGACAUGGUUCCACCCUGGAUACUGAAGCAAAUUCUGAUCGGUGUAGCUAAUAUUCUUCCAAAACAGAAGUUAGUACCACAGAAGGAUUUGGCAGAGGCGGCAUUUAGAGACAUUAAAAAGAGAGAACUGACACCCUAUAAUGUUAUUGCUUACAAGGACAAGCCACGCUUACGGACUGCGGUGGAGAUGUUGAGAACGACAGCCGAAAUAGAACAACAUUUGGAGAAGGUUUCGCUUCCAAUAUUAAUCUUGCAUGGAGAGAACGAUAUCGUUACGGACCCAGCUGUGAGCAAAGCAUUGUAUGAAAAAGCAAGCAGCUCAGACAAGAACAUUAUUAUAUACAAGGAUGCUGGCCAUUCUCUUCUUGAAGGUGAACCAGAUGAUAUGAUUAACAGAGUUUUUAGUGACAUAAUUUCUUGGCUUGAUGAACAUAGCAGUAAUACUGCAGGCUAAUCGCAAUCUCUCUUAUUUAAUUUCAUUUAUAAAUAAUAAAUGGAACUAAGAUACAAUGUUAUGAUUAAAUUGGAAUAAGGAUCCACUGCAGUGCUAUAGAAUUGUGUAAAUUAAGGAAUUUAAAUUGAUUUGUGGGAUAUUUUAUUGUUCAUAAACCAAUUAAA